AAGUCCCCACAUUGUUUGAUGUUGAAGAUUCCUUCUUAGGAUAUGAAGCUCUAUAUAAUGCCAUCUGCUGCAACCCUAAUUGAUGAUAGGGCUCAUAUCAAAAUUUCUUCUUCUUUAUUAAAAUUUCAUAUUCAAUAUGAAUUAAUUUCAGCUGCAAGUUGCAGUUAUGUUCUAUCUAAAUUCUAAAGAGAGAGGGUUAUCGUAAUAGAAGAUGGAGGAAAGAGGACAAGGAUGGAGAGUCGAAAUUUAGAGGGGAAGAAGUGGGUACCUAUGGUUUGAAAAAGAAGAGAAGCUUAAGUUUUAUUCUUAACUUCAUGCUCAGAAUAGCAAAAAUUCCCUUUUUGAUAGCACACUGUAACAAAAUCUGAUUCAAAGAGAACAAAUAUAUCUCUUUUAGUGGCUGGCAAGGAGAGAGGAUGUGGUUGUGGACUGUGGAGGUGCUUAUGGAUGCCUCUCUUAUAGGUCCCAACAACCUUACUAGUUGCUAUAUGCCUAUAUGGCCACAAGCCCCAUAUGGAUCUUAGCUUGAAAAGCCCUACAAACACACACUCUUGUUUUUUUUUUUGGGCUGUGAAAAAGCUUUACGAAGUGUUAAAAUAAAAGUAAAAUAUCUAAUGUAAACUAUAAAUAAUUAAAAAACAGUAAAGAGGCUUCUCGAAUUCAUGUGCAUGAUUUUCUUCUUCUUCUCUUCUGUUCUUUUUUUUUUGGGGUACAAUAUUGUUGAAACACUGAAAGGGAAACAACUGAUCUGUUCAUUUUGUUUUAAGAAACACAAUUAUGCAAAUUUUCCUUCUCUUUUAUUCAGAUUUCUUGAUUAGAAAUGGUAUGGACUCCACAAAUUUGAUCGCAUCAGCUAGUAGAAAAAACUGGUGGAAGAACUUUCUUAUAGUAGGAGAUAUGCUUAUAAAAGGGGCUGUUUUCUUCUUCAGUCAAUGUACUACCAUGCAAGCUAAUGCCGUAUCUUUUUCUCCUUGCAGCUGAAGGAGCACUUUUUCCCUUCAAAGUUUUGCAUUAACUUAGAAAUUUCUAUAGCACUACUAGGGUUCUUAAACUCAUAAUGUUUUUGAUCAUUGUUUAUUCCAGAUUUAUUAUCUCAUAUAAACUUAAAUGCUCUUUCAAUUGUUAGCUCAUGGGACCUGCACAGUAAAUAGCUUAUCUUGAAUUGUCUGGAUUCAUGGUUCUUUUGUUUAUAGCACUACGAGGGUUCUUAAACUCAUAAUGUUUUUGACCAUUGUUUAUUCCAGAUUUACUAUCUCAUAAAAACUUCAAUGCUCUCUCAUUUGUUAGCUCAUGGGACCUGCACAGUAAAUAGCUUAUCUUGAAUUGUCUGGAUUCAUGGUUCUUUUGAAAUAUGCUCUUAUUUUGUUUCUCCAAUAUUUCCUUUCUUUUUCAUUUUUCCUUCUGUAUUCUGUGACCAUAUUGAGCAAUGUGUGAGAGCCUGGUAGAACACACUAUGGAAGGAACAUCAUCUGCCCUCCACAUCAGCUUCUCUGUGAAAGUGGAGACGUGUUUUGCAAGUUCCAGAAAUGCAUAAGAAGGGUGUUACAUGUCUUACUGGCAUGAUGAUUUCUCAUACUGUUGCUAUAUUUGCUUCCACCUCUUCGGAUGGUAUUGUUCUUGUGUGGAAAAUGGUUCUUCCGUCUACUGCAGGGGUUGACUGUAAAGUUUCUUGCCUGGAGUCUCUUUCUGUGGGUUCAAAACCUAUGGUUGCAUUGUCGUUAGCAGAACUACCAGGAAAUACUGGGACCACAGAGGAUUUGGUUUUGGCAAUGGGAGGGUUAGACCAGAAGGUUCAUCUUUACUGCAGUGAUCAGACUGGGAAGUUUGUUCGUGCUUGUGAACUGAAAGGACACACAGACUGGAUCAGAAGUUUGGACUUUUCAUCACCUGUUUGUUUAGGGAGUGAAAAUAAAAACCUUUUCCUUGUAAGUUCAUCUCAGGACAGAAGCAUACGCAUAUGGAAGAUGGUGUCUCAUGUUUCUUCUGCUAAUUCUGAGCUGCCAUCCAAGAGAGAAGAUAUCGGCUUGACAUCAUAUAUUGAAGGUCCUAUAUUUGUUAUUGGUUCUACCUGCUAUCAGGUUUCCCUUGAGUCUCUGCUUAUUGGUCAUGAAGAUUGGGUGUAUUCAGUUGAAUGGCAACCUCCUUUGAUGCUAAAUGGGAGUGAGUAUCGUCAGCCCAUGAGCAUUUUAUCUGCAUCUAUGGACAAAACAAUGAUGAUAUGGAGACCUGAACGAACCACUGGUAUCUGGAUAAAUGCGGUGACUGUUGGUGAAUUAAGUCACUCUGCCUUGGGUUUUUAUGGUGGCCAUUGGGCCCCUGAUGGUGAAUCAAUUCUUGCUCAUGGUUAUGGUGGAUCUUUUCACAUGUGGAGAAAUAUUGGCAUGGAUGCUGAAAAUUGGCAACCACAGAAAGUUCCCUCUGGCCAUUUUGCUUCUGUGUCUGAUGUUGCAUGGGCCAGAUCUGGUGAAUAUCUACUGUCUGUUAGCUAUGACCAGACUACUCGUAUUUUUGCACCAUGGAGAAAUGAAAUAUGGCUUGGGAAUAAGGCUUCUUGGCAUGAAAUUGCCCGUCCACAAGUUCAUGGACACGAUAUUAACUGUGUGGCCAUUAUACAAGGGACUGGAAACCACCGAUUUGUUUGUGGUGCUGAUGAAAAAGUUGCUAGAGUAUUUGAAGCUCCUUUAUCAUUUUUGCAAACCCUUAACCAUGCAAAUUUCCAAAAGUCUAGCUGCAUCAAUGAUUUUCCGGAAGGUGUACAGAUCUUGGGUGCAAACAUGUCUGCUCUUGGACUAUCACAAAAGCCUAUUUAUGCCCAUGCUGACAGUGAAGCCCCCAGCAGGCUCCAUAAUGAUAUGCCAGACUCUCUGGAGACAAUUCCUGAUGCAGUGCCUACUGUUUUGACUGAGCCUCCUGUCGAGGAAAAACUAGCAUGGCAUACAUUGUGGCCUGAAUCCCAUAAGCUUUAUGGCCAUGGGAAUGAGCUAUUAUCUCUAUGUUGUGACCAUGAGGGGAAGCUUGUCGCUUCGUCAUGCAAGUCACAGUCAGCAACAGUUGCAGAAAUAUGGCUAUGGCUGGUCGGAUCAUGGAAGGCAGUUGGUCGCUUGCAAUCUCACAGCCUAACAGUCACACAGAUGGAGUUUUCUCAUGAUGACUCUUUUCUCCUGUCUGUUUCAAGGGAUCGACAGUUCUCAGUCUUCUCGAUCAAGAAAUCUGGGGAAGGAGCAAGCCAUCAACUGAUCGCCAAGCAUGAGGCACACAAGAGAAUCAUAUGGGCAUGCUCAUGGAACCCCUUUGGCCAUGAAUUUGCAACAGGGUCAAGGGACAAGACCGUCAAGAUUUGGGCUAUUGAGAAUGGGUCUUCUGUCAAGCAGCUUAUGACCUUGCCUCAGUUCCGAGACAGCGUUACAGCCUUAUCUUGGGUUGGCCGUGACCCUGCCUGCAAUGCUGGGCUUCUUGCUGUGGGGAUGGACAAUGGGCUUAUAGAACUCUGGAGUCUCUCUGGUGGUAGACCUGCUACUGCUUGUGGCUCGGAGCUCUUACCAUUUAGCGCUGUCCUUGCAGUUCGGUUUGAUCCUUUCUUGUGCCACAUUUCAACGGUGCGCCGCUUAGCAUGGAGGAACUUCGACGAUAGUGAUUCAAGGGCGUUGCAGCUAGCUUCUUGUGGUGCAGAUCACUGUGUUAGGGUGUUUGAGGUGCAUUGCCGUUGAAGAUACUUGUUAGAUGGCCCAUGUUAUAUUUGAUCAAACAACGGAUGAUGAAGCUAUCUUGAGAAAAGUUGGAUUCGAUCUUUAACAAAAAAUGUUGUCACCAGUUGUCUGGAUGGUUUAGGGCAUCGACAUUUUAUCAGAGGGAGAGUAGAGGGAAAAGGUUUUAUAUUAAUAUAUGUAUAUUUCUAAAAAUUAUUUUGGCACUAUGUAUCAUAUACACUGUCACUAAUUCUAACUAUCCAAUUCGUCGUCCAAAGGAGUAGGCAUGCUUAUGCUGUAAUUAUGUUGGUAACUAUUCGAGCCAAUUAACACUCAAAUAGCUGUUUAAAGUGUUAUCAGCCAUGAAACUGUUCUAGA